AAUACCUUGGCGGAGGCUGCAGACGGUUCACAACAUCCGCCCGACAGGCAUCUAUUUGGCUUGCUGCAACAGACCGCACAGCGAUUCCCCAACCAUGACGCCGUUGUAGCCCUACGGCAGACCGAGGAGCACGGGUCUCCAGCCACCAAAUCCCCGAAUCCUCUGCGCUGGACGUUCUCAGAGCUGCAUUCCCGGAGUAUGCGCCUGGCUGCUUCCUUGGCGCAGGCAGGAAUAGGCAAGGGCAGUCGCAUUGCAGCUUUCCUCCUCAACGAAGCUGAAUGGGCCGUGCUGUUCUGGGCUGCCGCUCGUCUGGGCUGCCAAUUCGCCCCAUUGGAUCCUCGGAUGCUGGGGCAGCGCGCAGACGCCCUUCAUCUGCUGCGGAAAUUGGAACCUGCCGCAGUAUUCGUCUCGGCAUCCGCCAUGACCCAGCCUCUGGAUGUGGCGCUCGAAGAGGGGGGAUUCCAACCUAUCCUCAAGGGUAUCACCCGGGCGGCGGACGAGCAAACUGUCCCUGCAAGCUGGACAACAUUGCCGAAGUUAUUGGCCAACGCAGCGAACGAGUCAAUACUUCCUCCGCCACCAACAAACACCAAUGACACCAUUCUCAUCCUGUUCACAAGCGGAACAACGUCCCUCCCCAAAGGGUGUCCACAUACCACACUCUCGAUUGCCACACCGGGUCUCAUGGUGGUGAACACCCUGAACAUCGAUCCCGGCGACCACCUUUGCGGGCACUUGCCCAGCUUUCACAUUUUCGCCAUCGUGAUGACGCUGGGGACGUGGUUUAGCGGGGCAACAGUCAUCUACCCCAGUCCGACCUUUGAUCCCGCUGCUUCCUUGGAAGCCAUUCGACUCGGCCCAAAGGUUCAUACAGCCUGCGUCCCGUCCAUGGUACAGGCCAUCGUCGCUCAGCUCACGCCAGACAGCGGCACAUUGGAGACGUUAUAUCAGAUCGUCCUCGGAGGUGCGUCGCUGUCGCCCAGCAUCGUCGAGCUCUGUCUGUCCCUUGGUGCAGAUCGGGUAAUUGCGGGAUAUGGAACCACAGAGGGCGUAGCCACACUACUCAACUUCUACGAGGCUGCAUCUCACAAGAGAAUCCAGGGAGAGGUAUGUCUAGGGCCUCCACGAGCUGGUGCCAGAGUCCGAAUCUGUGCGCCAGAUAGCCGGGUUCCCAUCCGUCGAGGCCAGCUCGGUGAGUUGCACCAGGGCGGUUAUCCGAUCUUCGGAGGAUAUCUCGAUGCAAGUGCGGAUGACAACAAGACGUGUUACCGGGAAGAUGGUAUGAACUGGUCUGCGACCGGUGAUCAGGGGUAUAUGGAUGAGGACAGCAAUGUGUACUUGCUGGGUAGGUACAAGGAUCUGAUCAUCCGCGGUGGUGAGAACAUCUCGCCUGUUAAGAUUGAGCAGUGCUUGACCAGGAUUGCGGGGGUCCGAGAAGCCUAUGUCGUGGGUAUCCCUGAUCCUGUGGCUGGCGAGGUGCCAAUGGCAGUCAUCCGUCGGGAGAAGUCCGUCGAUGUGUCCUCAAGCUCGCUGCAAGCCAAGGUGCAAGAGGAGCUAGGGCGCUCGUUUUCUCCCACCAUGAUCAUCGAACUGGAGGAUGAUUUGAAGCAGGAUCGCUAUCCCACCACCACGACAGGCAAGGUCUUGAAACCUAACCUGAAGACCCUGGUGGUUGAAUAUCUAGAGCAGCAAGCCUCAUUGAAUUCAGCCUCUGGUGAUUAUGUGUCCCAAGUUGCUGCUAUCUGGGCAGCGAUUACCGGAAUGAAGGCAGAGCAGCUCGACCUCGACGCUCCCAUCCGAACCUUUGCCGACAGCAUGAUGAUGAUCCAAUACCUGCAUACUGCCACAAAGCGGCUUGGGCGGGUCACCCGUAAGGAUCUCAUCGAACACGACACAGUCCGGAAGCAAGCGCAGCUCAUAGCCGAUCGCAGCAUAGCCAGCAUCAAGUCCCCAGUCAUUCAUGCUCAUGCUCCCACGGCCGGCGCUCAGCAGACCUUCCUCGACCAAGCACGAGUUCAACAAGCCGGGGAGUCAACGCUUCGGCCGCUCGGAUUCGGUUGGGACGAUGUAGAAGAGACAAUGCACGUCACCGACACUCAGACCUGGUUCCUGAAAGAUACACUGAGCCCCAGUGCGUUCAAGAUCCGCACCUCCUGGAUCGCCGCUCCAGGUCUGAGCGCUGAGUAUCUCGAGGCGAUUCUUCACCUGUGGCUGCAUCGACACCCGCUUCUACGCAGCACCGUCGCACAAUAUGACCAGGAUCGAAUGGUAUGGAUGAUCAUGCGUCCUACAGCUCGAUGGAUGAAGCUGCACAUCGCUCACGACAGCGACGUGGAUAACGUUGCCGCUUUGACUGGAUACAAAGCCGGCAAUCCUUGGGAGGGAUGUGUCGUGCUGCCCGGUCCGUUCUUGAAGGCCAUCAUCAUCAAAGACCGACAGUCUUCUCGCGCGGGAAUAGUCAUGCACUGUCACCAUGGCAUCUACGAUGCAGUGACGAUCUUCCGCUGGUUGCAGGACUUCAAGGACCUUCUGGCCAACAAUGGUCUCCCGCGCAUGGACUUCCGCCACUACAGCAGAUUCAUCACCGACUACCAGAAGUACAUCUACGGCCAAGCCGCAGAGGAUGCCGUGGACUUCCACGUCAAGCGUCUGAAAGGUAUCUCGGCUGCUCAAGACGUGCCUUGGCCCCGACUGUCGACCUGGAACGAGGUCCGGGCCCAAGGCCAGGACCCAUUCAUCAGCGGCUCGACCAAAAAAUACAUCCACUUGCCCGGGCUCGCCGAGAUGCGCCGCGCGUCGAACGUCCCUGUUCCCGUGAUCGGCAAAGCCGCCUGCGUGUUACUCAACGCGCACCGGACCGGCGUGUCCGAAGCGGUGUUCAACGUCGCAGCAUCGGGGCGCUUCUGGCCUGGAGCGGAGAGCGACGACUCCCUCGUCCAUGAUCAGCACCCCAACCCCCUGGAGAUCGACGGCCCCAUGAUCGGUUUCUUCGUCGAGCGCGUCACGGUACCACCCGCUGAAACAGUCCGGUCGCUGCUGACCCGCCUCACGGAGGACCAGGAUGUCCAGAGCCUGUAUACCCAUGCACCCUUCAGCCGGGUUCUCAGCCGACUGCGCGAGCUGGACGCGGCUGCGGGCACAAACGACGCUUCCUUCAUCGAGCUGGCGGCCUUCACGCAGGUCUUCAACUGGCGGCUGGAGCAAUACUCCGAACAGGAGACUGAUCCGAUUCGCAUGGUCGAUUUCCGUGGGGGUUAUGAUCUCGGCCUCAUCUGGCUGCCGACCCUCAUGCCGGACGACAUCCUCGAGCUGGAGGUUAUCAUGAACACGCUGACCUUUGGUGGGGAGGAGACGGCGGGCUUGAUGGAGGAGUAUCUUUCUGUUAUGGCGUGGCUGUGCGAAAGUGGUAAUCUGGAUAAGCCUGUGUCGGAGUGUCGUUAUGAGGGU